AUGGUUCCUGUGGUGCCUGCUCUUCUCUUCUGUCUCCACCUCUGCUCUGCCCAGAUCACUGAAAAGAUCAGUUUAAAUGCCAACGGCGAUUUCGUUAACCCCAGUGGUCAUCGCAUGCUCUUUCAUGGUUUCAAUUCGGUCUACAAGAAGCCACCAUUUUACAAUGACCUAGAUGGUCAGGAUCACCGCCUGAACUACUAUAAGCAAUGGGGUUUCAAUGUUGUCCGCCUGGGCGCACAGGUGGACAACUUUUCAAAAUACGGCAUUUACGUAAUUCUGGAUAUGCACCAGGACUCCCUGUCUACGAUGUUUGGUUCCUACGAUGCCAUCCCGAAGUGGCUUCUGGAGUCCUACCCGAAGCCAAUUUGGUUCCUUCGUUAUCCAUGGCCACACACGAAGAACGCCUCCGGCGACUGGGAGGGCUAUACAACUUACGCCUGCCAGAAGGCUUUCCAGUGUAUGUACGACAAUGAAAAGAACACCUGGGAGUACUGGGGAGACUUCUGGGAGACGGUGGCCAAACGCUUCAAGGACAAAGUUAAUGUGCUGGGCUACGAGCUAAUAAAUGAGCCGUUUGCGGGAAAUAUCUACACUAAUCCUCUCAGAGCCAUACCCGGUAAGUGA